UCCAUAUUAUUGCAUUACUCUAUCUUCAACAUUUCCAUCAUAUUUUUUUUUGCUAGUCUUUUCCUCAUUGAUCAUAAUUUCCAAUGGCUACCAUAGUUCAAGCAUUAGUCUUGUUUUGUCUCUUGGUGUUGUUGAUGCACAAAGGUGAUGCCUAUGAAUUUGUAGUUGGAGGCCAAAAGGGUUGGAGUGCUCCAAGUGACCCUAAUGCCAACCCUUACAAUCAAUGGGCAGAAAAGAGUCGAUUUCAAGUAGGAGACUCCCUAGUGUUCAAUUACCAAUCUGGCCAAGACUCAGUAAUUCAAGUAACUAGCCAACAAGACUAUGAGAAUUGCAACACUGAUGCAUCAUCUGAAAAAUCCUCUGAUGGCCACACAGUAAUCAAGCUCAUUAAAUCAGGUCCUCACUACUUCAUAAGUGGAAACAAAAAUAACUGUCUCCAGAAUGAGAAACUGUUGGUGAUUGUUCUUGCUGAUAGAACCAACAAAAACUCAAACCAAACAACUUCUCCUCCUUCUCCUUCUCCUUCUGUUGCUCCUUCUCCUUCUCCUUUAUCCUCACACUCAUCGGAUGCAUUAACUCCUAUACCGCCACCUUCUCCACUAAACGGUUCAUCUACACCACCUUCUCCAGUACUAGAUGGUUCAUCUCCACCACCUUCUCCGCUUGAUGGUUCAACUCUUACUCCACCACCUGUUCAGCAAGUCGGUUCAUCUCCACCACCACUAGGGACUGAUGUGACAAAUCCAAUUACUCCAACUCAAUCUCCUGUUUCAGAACCUCCUCCUCCUAAUGCUGCUUCUUCAAUCUUGGUUAGCUUUGGUUGUUCUGUUGGAGCACUCAUGGUUUCACUUCUGGUUUUUUCUAAGUAAAAGUAUGAGUUAUUGCGUAUCAUUUCUAUAAUUUAUUUAUUUUUUCUUCUUAUAGCAACGUUCGAUAUUUGUUUGUGAGAGUUGAGAAAUAAGCUGGUAAUAUGUAGUAAUGUACUCUUUUGUGUGCUUCUUACCUAAUGAUGGUGUAAGAAUAUUCAAUAAGUUGAACUUGAAAUAAAUAAAACCAUUGUAUUAGCACUUAAUUA